AUGGGAGUUGUACGGAACACCGCCAUUCGACAAUCGCUACUCUUCCCUACACAAGCCUUUUUCUCCGGCACCAGGCUACCGUCGUCCAUUAUGGAGCGGUGUCGGUCGUUGAGGAUCAUGAUGGUGCUGCAUCUAAUUGUACUGGUAGUAUUAAUGAGUGCACCAGUGAAUGCUGCCGUCUUUCCCGGGCACAGCAGCAGCAGCACGGCACCGUCAACAACAACAAAAGGGGCGACAACGACAUAUAUUCGUCGAGAAUUGCAAGAGGAGAAAAAACAGAGCAUUGUACAACAAUACGAGCUAUGGGAGGCGGAAGAAAUCAGUUCCCAGAUACAAAAAUGGGCUUCCCACUAUCCCGAUCUACUCCGCGUCACUACCUCGCAAGAAGCCUACGGCUUGCCUCGAGCCGGAGGGGCCGACGAUUGUCCGUUCGACAAGGGCGGCGACGGUUGUCUGAACUAUAUACUUACACUACAAGACUUUGUGAAGCAUCCGGAGGGAUCGGCGACGUCCAAUCAGCUGCCGGAAGUCCUCUGGAGUGGUGAAGUCCACGGCAACGAACGGGUCGGCCCGACCGCCGUACUGGAAGCCGCACAGCUUCUCAUGGAAGCGGCUUCGUGCAUCGCACAUCCCCGGGUAGCACUGCGAGAUAAUCCCAGUGCCUGGAAGCUAGAAUUGACCAAAGCACGCUCGUGUCGGGAAGAAAUGAAGCACAUGGGCCUGGAUGAAAGCCACAUCCAGUGGUUGGCCCGCCUUGUGUCGACUCGACGGAUUGUGAUUAUCCCGACCGCGAACGCACUCGGGUAUUUCCGUAAAGUGCGCGAAGAAGGCAAUGUCGACCCGAAUCGAGACUUUCCCUAUGAUUUGACUGAUCCCACGCUCUGCAUGCAAUCAGUUGCCGCCCGGACUUUGAACGAGGUCUAUCGGGAGCACUUGUUCCAACUUGCCCUUACCUUUCACGGUGGUAUGGAAGCGAUUGGGUAUGAAUGGGGGGCUCCAACUUGGAAAUCGAAAAAAUCGCCGGAUGAUUUGGCACAACAAGAGAUCGCCGACGCGUACAGUCGCUACGCCGGGGGAUGGUUCGGAACGCGAAACUACCAAUACGGCCCCAUGAACGAUCUGGUGUACCCCGUGCGUGGUGGGAUGGAAGACUGGGCCUACGCAGGCUCCUGGGAUACUGAUAGAGUCAUUGCUUGCCGACCCACUACAUUUGGGGGCUACCCAGAAGCCAAGACCGUCUACGACAACUCCACUUUACGGGUCUUUAAUAUGCUGGUGGAAACCAGCAAUGACAAAACUCCGCUCAAGGAUCAACUCGGCACAUCCUUGGACGUUUUGAACUCUGAUACUACCGGUAACGGCCACGUGUCCCGCAACAUUCGAUUGGCCUUGUUAUCGGCGGAUUUGGUACAGCCUUAUGUGACACUGCAACGAGUGAACGACUUGCACCUGUCCGACGAUGUAGUAUCGCUCUCACGAGAGGAUGGUCACAGUUGUCAAGGUACACGCACAGUGACGAUCUCCUCAGAACGCCCAACGGUCACGUUGGAGUGGACGGUUGGAGGGGCACUACAAACCCAUGAGACACAAGUGUUUUACGCCAAAUGGAGCGAUCUUCCCUUGGAAAAACUCGACUGUGUGAACACACCGAACAUUCAAGACGUGGAAAGUCUCAUGAUUGAAGGAACCAUGACUUCAGUUACGUCCGGUACCAACCAUUUCGCCGACGCCAAAGCGACCACGUUCAAGUCGACCAUCGAUGUGCAAAACUUUCACGCCCACGACAAGAUUGUGGUUAUUGUCAUGGCCACGGCUGAUCAAAAUUGGCAUACACAAGAUCCCAAGGACGCUGUUGGUCCGGAGAAUAGUCCACCUCAAUCGCACAUUGCCAACGCCCGCAUCAAUGCGGAUUGGUACUUUGCCAAAGAGAAUGGCAAAGUCGUUCAGGGCCGCCGCGAAUGGUUUUCCCAACCUUUGACUAUCGAGAUCGGUGAAUUCGCCACCAAUGGCAUGGGCGCCCACGGAAGCCUCGUCGUCGAAACCUUCGAAUUGUCGAAUCGCCUCGGGGAAACGACGGGCGGCGGUUUCCCCACUGGUGGUGUGCGUCCCAACGCGGGCGUGUCUCCCGGUACGAUACAACCACGGUCGCUGUUCCGAAAGGUCGCCGCCGUUGGUAUGCUGGUAUUUGCAGCGAUCGCUGUGGCAUACGGGGGGCGGCUCUACCUACGGAACAAAAUGCGGUCCAGUCGACGAACGCAAAUUCGUAACUACAUUCAGGACGAAAGUGCACCGAGUCCGGGGUUGCGCGAUACAGCGCGUGUCAACGGUGCCAGCAAGAGUGGAUACGUUCGCUCGGCAUUCCGAGACGAUUUGGAUCUCGAAGAAGAAGAUCCUCGACGAGAGCAAAGAAGCGAAGUGGAACUGGGACAGUACACUUAGUAGGUCCACUACUUACCGCGGCAAACGGCAAAACCUAAUCUGAUUUGUCAAACAUCAUAAAUUGUAGUCUAAUCCAUGAGACACUUUUGAUCGCAACUAGCCAGAGUAAUACAUUU